UAUCUGAUGGGAGCAGGUAGAGGCUGGGGGAGGAGCUUGUUACCAUGGUGCUUGUUGCCGUGCUGGUUUCUGCAGGCCAGUAGGGUGAGAGACAGACUGAGCAGCAGGAUCAGGAAGACGGAGAAAGAUCUGCAGAGACAAACACACCAAACGUGAGCCAGAGCCAAUCAGAUCAGCCCAUUCCAUCUGUGCAGCCAAUCAGAGGCCAUCAGCAGAAAUUUGGAGUGUGACUUCCUCCUGCUGACAGAUUGGUGUUUCUUCAGUGAUUAGAGAAUCAGCAGACUACAGGUGACUGAAUCUUACAUCACACUGAGGAUGAGCCACGUGUCAUGAGGAGAGACUGGAGACAGGAGGAGGAGGAGGAGGACAGAGAAGAAGAAGAAGAGUCAUGAGGAGCUCAGACAGAAAGCUUUCAGUUGACUGUGAUGUCACAGGAAGCAUGCUGCUUCAGCAGGUCGUCAUGGAGACAGCGGUUACCAUGGAGGACCACGCUGACGUUGCCAUGGCGAACAGGAUGGAGGUCCAGGCCUCAGACCAGACAGCUCCUCCUGACAAAGAGCAGGUGAAGAUCUCCUCCCGCCAGCCCCGCCGCUGCGCCCUGGGGAGGCGGAGUCAGAGAGGAAAGAGGCGGGGCCCGGCGGAGAAGAGGCGGGGGCCCACCGAGAAGAGGCGUGGCCAGAAGCCGAAGAGGCGGGGCCAGGAAGAGAAGAAAGAGGGCGUGACGGUGAAGAGGACGUGGAGCGGAGGGAAGCGGCGCUGGGACAAGAAGCACUACUGCGUGUUCUGCCGCCGGCCGCAGGUGAAGAUCGCCAGACACCUGCUCAGGAAGCAUGCCGAUGAACAGGAAGUGGUCGCUGCCAGCGCCCUGCCCACAGGCUCCAAACAGCGCCACCUGCUGCUGGAACACCUGCGCUGUAGGGGCAACUACCUGCACAACAUCGAGGUGAUCAGACAGGGCAGUGGGGAGAUUGUCCCGUGGCGUCAGCCCUCAGAGGACGUGGACGCCAGGAACUACCUGCCGUGUCCUCUGUGUCUGGGCUUCUUCCUGCGGGCCGACCUGUGGAAGCACCAGGUGUCCUGUAGGAAGAAGCUGUCCAUCGAUCCGUCCAGAGACUCGUACACAGAGACGUCCUCCGACCCGGCCAACGGCUCCGACUCCACAGGUAAGUCAGAGGACACGCCCCCUGAGCCCUCUGCAGACGUGUCCACCACGGAGCAGACGGGGAGCUCUGAUGGAGCGUCCAAAUGUCCCGGGACCUCCGACUCUAGAGAGGACCAGAACCGGGCCUCAGAGCCGGCAGCCAGCCGUCCCAGGAAGAGGACCAGAGUCCAGGCAGCAGCGUCUCGUCUCCUCCCCAUCUCUAGUGGAGCCUCAGAGAGCUGCAGUGAGAUCCUGCACCGCAUGAACCAGGACAACGUGUCCCACCAGGUGAAAUCUGAUUGGCUGAUCUGUAAAUAUGGUAAUAAGCUGAUGGGGAACCAGGAAGGCCUCCAGAGGAGGUAUGACUACGUGAGCCAGAAGCUGAGGGAACUGGGUCGGCUGCUGCUGGCCGCUAAGUCCCUGGACUCCGGGGUCCAGAACCUCCAGGACCUGCUGGCUCCGGGCCGCCUCAGCUUGACACUGGCGGCCUCCAGGAAGGCGGCCGGGUACCGGUGGAGCCGUCCUCCGCUGGCGGUGAAGACCACGCUGAAGACGGUGUGUGAGAUCGCCAUCGGGGAGAGUCUGCAGGACGGGGACUGGGAGGCCGCCGCCAAGACCACCGACUUCUACCACAUGCUGGGGAGGGAGUGGGACAACCUGGGGCUGCAGAACCCCGGUCCGGAUCCAGCUGGUCCAGAGGGAGGAACCAAGCUGAAGAAACGUCUGGUCCAGCCCACCAACCAGAAGGACCUCAGACCAGAAGUCCUGUCGAAGCCCAGACAGGGGACCUCCCUGGUUCCACCUGAGUCCAGACUGCAGUCCCCCGUCACAGGUCCCGUGGCCCCAAGGAAGGUCCGCCGCCGCCCCUGGUCUUCUGCAGAGAAGGAGGCGAUCUGGAGGCAGCUGGCGGUCCAUGUGCUGGUCCAGACGGUACCGGGGAAGGAGGUCUGUCAGCGCUGUCUGGACCUGGAGCCGGUCCUUAGGGGCCGACACUGGAAGGACAUCAAGAACCAGGUCCACAAUCAGAUCCAGAGUCAGAAGAAGCAGCAGUUCCACGCCCAGAUGGACCUGGAGGAGAACCAGGAGCACCAAGACCAAAUCCAGAACCAGAACCAGAAAAAGCAGCAGCAGUACCAGGCUCCAGUGGACUUGCAGGACAAGGACCACACCCAGACCCAGAAGAAACCACAGUACCAACCUCAGAUGGAUCUGCAUGACCAGGACAACACCCAGAACCAGAAGAGACAACAGUACCACCUCCAGAUGAACCACCAGGCCCAAGACAGCAUCCAGAACCAGAAGAAACUGCAUGACCACAUGCACCUGGACCACCAGGACCACCUGCACGUCCACAAGAAGCAGCUGUGCCACAGCAGACUGGACCACCAGGACCACGGCCCGGUCCACAAAAAGCAGCUGUACCAUAUGGACCAGCAGACCCUGCAGCCGCUGGACCGGGACCCCUCCAUCCUCACGGUGGCCCCUUAUGGACCCGACGGACACCGAGGACCCGGACACCCGUUACUGGAGCGAGAACCUGCAAUCAGCCCCUACCCCCUUCUGCACCGGGCCCCAGGACCCCACAUGGACCAGCUGCUGUCCAGAACAGAGUGGACCGAGGAGGCCAUGGCCCAGACCUACCCGCUUAGUAGGCCCCUGGGCCGGAACCUGCUGCAGGACGUUCCUCCUGGAGGACCACCACCGGACCCGCACUCUGGACACGUUCACUUCUGAAGAACCAGCAGCCCGUUCUGAUGGACUUUACUGACUGACAAGGAGCCGGUUCUGAUGGACAUGUUUACAUAAAGACAGUAAGGACAGAUGGGCCCUCUAACCGGACCCUGAGCUCACUGACUCAGAUCUUCUGCUUUUUGAUGGAGACGUGAGAACAUGAAGGCCAUCUACAAACAGGACCACCUGACCUGUCACUACAGGUCAUCUCUGGUUCUGCUCCGAGGACCAGUUCCUGAACCAGCAUGUGGGUUCUGUUCAGGACGCGGAAUAAAUCCAGAUUCUGGUGUCAGAACUAUGCAGAGCAGAGUCAUGGUUUAUUUACUGUCUGAUCCGGUCCAGUCCAAAGGAGGACAAACCAGAACCUCUGAGGUGGACCCUACAGGUUCUGACAGGUCCAGAACCCUUGAGGUGGACCCUACAGGUCCAGAACCUCUGAGCUGGACCCUACAGGUCCAGAACCUGAGGUGGAUCCUACAGGUCCAGAACCUGAGGUGGACCCUCCAGGUAAUGUCAGUUCAGUGUAAGUUCUGUGUAUUUCCAUAACUUGCCCUUUAACAGUCGUGCUCUUUAACCAAUCACGUUCAGUGUUAUUGCUGUUGUCAUGGUAACCGUCAGCUUUGUGUCCUGUCGCUGCUCACCACUAGAUAGCAGCAUCUCCUCUGGAAUGAACUGUUGAGGUUUCUAUGAGAAUAAAAAACAUUUUUACA